UCCGAUCCCGGGGGCGAACAGGGGGCGAGACAGAGGCGCCUCGUCCAGUCUUCCUUGCGCGCCUUGUAUUACUGGGGAUUCUUCUAAUCCCAUCAAAGGGCAGGUCCCCGCCCCGUUGCGUGUGUAAAAGCUAAGUCCGUGCCAGCCCCACUGAGUACCGUCUGGCUUCCGCAGACACAGGACUUGCGGCUGGUUUCCCCCCCCCCGCUCCUCCCGGAUGUUCAUCAGCUCUAGAAUCUGUUCUGGAGCGUCGCUGCGUCGGAUUGCAACCGCAGCCUUCAGCGCGCUCUCCUCAACUUGACCAAACUUUGAUUCAAACAAUAAUAGAGGGGUGGGGGGGAUUGUUUGGAAGCCGGCCGAUCGGAUUUGAGCCAAAAUGGAUCUACACUUUAGCCGGUCCUGCUGCGGCUUCUCCCGCCUGCUUUUGCUCUUACUGGCUUGUUGCAUCGGGCACUCAAUCGCCCGCAGAAGGAACAUCCCGCGGAGGCAAGAUAGACUGGGGCCUCCUCUCAAUAUAACACUGGAUUCGCUGAACUGCACAGCAUUCAUUUUACAAUGGAGAAUGCCACGGCAUCAUGCAAGUUCCAUCAUGGGAUAUACUGUACAUUACACUGAGGUCAAGGCUGAUAAACUAAUUAAAAAGCAGUCACAUGAUGUGCCUCUUAGUCUGGACAUGCUCAGUAUGGGUCAAAUGGAUGGACAAGCCAUUUUUGAAGUUGCUAUUGGAGAUUUGAAGCCGGGUACUCUCCACCGUGUAAGUGUAGGAGCUUAUGGCUGGGCAGGAAAAGGCAGACCCAGCAUGCCCAGAAAUGUAACCACUUUAUCGCAAGAUAAAUGCAUGCCUCCAGAUCCGCCUUAUCAGCCUCAAGUCAUCGUCGUUUCUGACUCAGAAGUUGCUCUUUCAUGGAAACCAGGGUCCAGUGAAGGAAGUUCCCCAGUUCAAUACUAUAUAGUGGAGUUUAUCAGACCUGAUCUUGACACCAAUUGGACUGUAAUUAGAGAGCAGAUCCAGAUGGACUCCAUGGUUCUGAAGGGGCUCACUCCGAACAACAGAUACCAGUUUGCAGUCCGAGCAACAAAUUCAUAUGGAUCCAGUCUGCCUAGUACUCCCAGCGACACUAUCAGAAUGUUCAGCCCGGAAGAAUUAGGGAGUGGAAGCUAUGGGCAUCACUAUAUUACAGCCUCUGGAAUUGGAGACGAUGAUGGAAUUGACACUGAUGACUCAGACUAUGACAUUUACAUUGAUGAGCUGAAACCAUUUCCUGCUAUCAAAGGUGGCAACAGGAAGUUUUUGGUUGAAACCAAGAUCACACCAGGCUUCACUACAAGGCUGCUUUCUAGACUGCUUUCAACUCAUUCAACUCUUGUUACUUCCCCGGCAAGAUCUACACUUCGCCCACGGACCACCACUUCUACCAGCAUCACCGCUAAGGCUACCAGGAGGAACAGUGGGGCUUCAGUGGUGCAGCAGUCUGAUCUGUCCUGUGAUGAAACCAUCUGUUCUGCCGACAGCUUUUGUGUCAAUGAUUAUGAGCGGAGUGGCUCUCUGUGCCACUGCAACCUUGGCAAAGGAGGGGAGAGUUGCUCAGAAGAUAUUAGUAUUCAGUAUCCUCAGUUCUUUGGCUACUCAUACAUCACCUUUGAACCUCUGAAAAAUUCCUACCAAACAUUCCAAAUUACUGUUGAAUUUAGGACUAAAGCAGAGGAUGGUUUGCUUCUGUAUUGUGGAGAAAAUGAGCAUGGUCGUGGUGACUUCAUGUCAGUGGCAAUUAUCAGACGAAACAUUCAGUUCAGGUUCAACUGUGGUACUGGAGUUGCAGUAAUUACAAGUGAGAACAAAGUGAAACUGGGCAGUUGGCACAGUGUGACUGUGUUCAGAGAUGGACUAGAUGGAUGGCUUAGGCUGGAUAACAACCACCCAGUUUCUGGUAAAUCCCAGGGUCAAUACAGCAAAAUUACUUUCCGAACUCCCUUCUAUCUUGGAGGUGCUCCUACUGCUUACUGGCUCGUGAGAUCUACAGGCAUCAAUCAUGGCUUUCAAGGCUGUGUCCAGGCACUUAUUAUCAAUGGAAAGAUCAUUGACAUGCGGCCCUGGCCUCUGGGGAAAGCUCUUAGUGGGGCAGACGUAGGUGAGUGCAGCAGUGGAAUUUGUGAUGAGGCUUUCUGCAUAAAUGGUGGCAGUUGCACAGUGAGCAAAGUGGAUAGGUACAUCUGCCUUUGCCCACUUGGAUUUAAAGGUCACCACUGUGAAGAAGCUUUCAUCCUUACCAUACCUCAAUUCAAUGAGACUUUGAAAUCCUUUGCUACCAUCCCCUGGCCUUUAGAACCACAGAACUAUCUUUCCUUCAUGGAAUUUGAAUUCAUCUUUCUUCCCGAUUCGGAGGAUGGUGUCCUUUUGUACAGCUAUGAUACAGGCAGCAAAGACUUCCUGUCCAUUAACAUGGCAGACAGCUAUGUGGAGUUCAGGUUUGACUGUGGUUCAGGAACUGCUAUAAUCAGGAGUGAAGAACCCAUCAGUUUAAACCAGUGGCAUGAGCUCAAAGUGUCUCGCACAGCAAAAAAUGGCAUAUUGCAGGUUGAUCAGCAAAGACCGAUUGAAGGAAUGGCAGAGGGAGCUUUCACACAGAUUAAGUGCAAUCCUGACAUAUUCAUUGGUGGAGUACCAAGUUAUGAUAAUGUGAAGAAGAACUCUGGUAUCCUAAAACCCUUCUCUGGGAGUAUUCAAAAGAUUGUUCUGAAUGACCGAACAAUAGAUGUGAGGCAGGAUUUCACAUCUGGAGUCAACCUGGAGAAUACAGCCCAUCCCUGUGUAAAUGCCCCCUGUGCCAAUGGAGGCUCCUGUGUGCCCAAGAAAGAUGGCUAUGAAUGUGAUUGCCCUUUGGGUUUUGAUGGGCAACACUGCCAGAAAGCUGUUAUGGAAGCCAUUGAAAUUCCACAGUUCAUCGGUCGCAGCUACCUCACAUAUGAUAGCCCAGAUAUUCUUAAAAGAGUGUCAGGAUCAAGAACAAAUGUGUUUAUGAGGUUUAAGACUACAUUGAUGGAUGGUCUCUUGCUGUGGAGGGGAGAUAGCCCUAUGAGACCAAACAGUGACUUCAUCUCUCUAGGUCUUCAAGAUGGUGCCUUGGUCUUUAGCUACAAUCUGGGCAGUGGCAUCGCUUCCAUAAUAGUGAAUGGCUCUUUCAGUGAUGGCAGUUGGCACAGAGUAAAGACAGUUCGGGAUGGGCAGUCUGGAAAGGUAACAGUGGAUGAUUAUGGUGCUAGAACUGGCAAAUCACCAGGAAUGAUGAGACAAUUGAAUAUCAAUGGGGAUCUCUAUGUUGGUGGAAUGAAAGAGAUAGCAUUGCAUACAAACAGAAAAUAUAUGAGGGGGCUGGUGGGUUGCAUUUCCCACUUCACGCUUUCUACAGAUUACCACAUUUCACUGGUUGAAGAUGCGGCAGAUGGGAAGAACAUUAAUACUUGUGCAGAUAUUCACUAGGAAGAGCCUCCCACUGCUGCUCCCACCCCUUCUGACCAAGGCCUGGAAGCAAGAACCAAACUGAAGUGAAAUCUUAAAAAGGGGAUAAUUUUCUCACUCACCUUUCCUUGGCUAUUAUGUUCUCUCUGUCAUGCUGAAUGCUUUCGGGCAGGACAGAAGCAUCACAUUUUUAAUUACGAAUAGUUGUGUAGCAUACAGUCCAGCAAAGCCCCAAUGCUGUUGCAUAUGGCUGGUGCUUUUUCCUGCAGGGCUCCUCUCCAUAAACAUACCUCUCCUUCAGAUGUAUCAGCCAGUACUGGCAUAAGCUAUGUGUCCCGGAAAACCCACUUGUAUUUGCAACAUCCAACUCCUGCAGUGAGCAAAUGCUGGACAGGCAGGUAAGCAACAUGCACUAGUUUGCUGGAUAUGGACACUUGGCUCUCGUGUGUGGGAGCCUCACCCACUGUGCUUCAUUGCACAAAGAGAAAGAUGUGAAGCCUCCAUCUACACCCUUGGUUCACACUGUACCCCAGCACCUCUCCUGUAGUAAUAAUGUGGCCUGGGUAGAGUUAGUGGGUGGCAUGGUGGUGGUAGCAAUGACUGUUGCGACAACCUCAAUUUACUCAUGUGAUAAUAAGGCUGAUGCUACUGACACCCAUGGCUGGAGUCUGUGGAAAUUGCAUUCCUGUACUUUAAAAGGAGAGUGGUGUCCCUCCCUCUGAACAUGCACUGAGACCACACAUUCUGUCAACCACUGUUCCAUCACAUUGCAUCCAAGCCUCAUUAAUAAGGGACAAGUAGAGGCAAACAGGAGACCACAGCUUCAGUUUCUGGACUAUUCAUCUUGACCACAGAUAGAAGGUUUUUGCACACUUGAAUCCCUCACAGCUUAUGCAAAGAAAUCUCUGCAUGUAGAAAACUAGCAUGUAGAGGAGGAUUGUAGUUUUCUUUACUUGCAGGAACUUUUUUUUAAUAUAGGUAGAAUAUUCAUUCAUGCAACAUCCCUUUGCUCUUCCAUCUGAAAUGGUACAAUCCAGGAGGAGUUUUAACCAUAUGAUAUGCUGGUUUUGCAGAGUGGCUCUUGCUUUACUCUCAUUUUUCUCACUGCCCAAUGAGCAUCAUCAAAGGAAAUAAUUCUCUUAGGUCUUUAGCCUCGUGCCCUGCUGCAACUCGUAACAGAGAAGGGAUGGCAUUCUGCAUUUAGGUUGAUACUUGGAAGGACUAUGUUGCUGGCCAACAGCGAAGGUUCUGCAUCAGUCCAACUUAAAAAAAGGAAAAAGAAAAAAAGGAUAUAACAAGUGACUGAAUGACCAUAUCCUGGUUUAUAGACAAUGUCUUUUUUAACCUAUGGAGAGGUGUUGAAACAGCUAUAACUUCUGCAGACUGUAAUGGCCCAACUUAUUCACUCAACUGAGUGGCCUAUUUUGAAAGCGCUGUACUUAUGCAUUCCAUUACCCUGUUCAAGACUCAACCAGUUGCACAUAUUCAGAAAAAGUAUUUGCAACUCCUAACCAAUGUAAAUACUCACAAAAGUUAACUCAUUUCCAGAUUUAUGCUGUUUGCUGAAGAGAACAGUUCUUACUAUUUUGAAAACUCAUCUUUUCUAUUACUCGCAAUGGAAAAAACAAUUAACAACCACAUUUUAUAGCAGUAAUUUUGCACCUGUAUAUUUUUAUAUCGCAGCAGCUGCGGCAUUGAUUGGUUAGUUUUGUAAAAGGAUUAGGUGUCUGACACAGUUUAGCAUGUUGCAGAUCUUCCCCAAAAGGAGUAAGGAGUGCUGAGGAUCUUUUACAGUGGGGCAGAGUGUUUUGUUUGUGCUUGUUCUACAGUUUUAGUGGACAUAUUUGUGAAAUGUAACUGGUUUUACAAUAGUCUUGUUUUUGUAAAUUUAGACAGCUGAAAAUGUACAUUAAUGAAGCUUUUCUGGCUUAAAGUAUUGAAAAGAUGUUAAAAGUUUUGUUCUACUAUGAUAUUUUGGCAUCAAGUAUCUUUCAUUAAAAAAAAUCUGG